UCCAUAUUGCUGCUGGUGGUGGAGAUAAGGUUGUAAUCCUGAGAGGCCCUCGGACACGUUUCUUUAUUUUUAUAUAUGUUUUAAUCCAACGCUGACUGCUCUGCGUCUUAGACUGAAGCUCUUUUGGUCUAGGAGCGACAGAGGAGCGGCAGACUCCGCGGAACAACUUCACAUUUCCUUGAAAUUGAAGGCGAAUUCGGGCCGGGGGGAGGACUGGUAAUCCUGAGGGGGGAAGAAAGACGGUGGUGGGAAAUGGCCACUCAGGUGGAGGCUCUCCUGCCCGGCAACCCGCUAGCCAAAGCGGAGGAGCACGGCAAAGUUAUCCGAGGUGAGCCGGAGGAAGACGAGGGCGGACGGGGCGACGGGGCCAAGCGGCAGACGGGUGUCGCCGACCAGGGCAGCAGCGGCAGCAGCAGCCCCGGACAGGGAGGGACCCCCAGUACGGAGGAGCAGACCUCCAAACAGGCGACGGAGGAUAGCAAAGAGGGCUGUGACAGCGAAGACAAACAAAACGAGGAGGGUGUUAAAAGCAGCAGCAGAAAGGAGUUUACUGAAGCUCCCCCGCCCAAGGUGAACCCGUGGACUAGGAAAAUGAAUGCGGUUACCGUGGUCAGCGUGAAUGGACAAGCACACCACGAAUCGACCGGCCCCGCCAAGGUAGUGCGAGCAGGGAACCCACCCAAAGCCAGACGUGGAGGAAAGGUUGGAGAUUUUGGCGACGCAAACAGCUGGCCAACUCCGGGGGAGAUUGCAACUAAAGACAUGCAGAUUGAGGCAGUGACACGGACCGUGUCCUGCCCGCCGACUGUCAGGCAGGUCAGAGACUCAUGGAGAUUCACUGCCCCCAAGAGGACAACAGCCAAGAAGGACUCUAAGGAGAAGAGAGAGAGCAACGAGGAGAGCAAGGAGAACCUGAAGGCCAAGUCGGACGACUCCGGAGAGGAGAAGAAUGGUGACGACGAUUCCCAGAAGAACGGGCCGAAGAAAAAAGGAAACAAGCAGAAGUGGGUUCCCCUGAUGAUCGAGGUGAAGUCGGAGGGUCCUAGGGAGCGCUCGGCCUCAAGGAACAACAGCAGACAGAAUGAAAACCCCCGCCUCCCUCCCAACGCCAGGAACGACCUCAGAGACUGGCACAGUCAAAAGUACGAGCGGGAGUGGCGCGACGAUCAUGACGAGGUGUCCAGUGUGAAGAGCGAAGGGGCGCCGUUCCGCGGAGGGUUCAGAGGUCGCGGACGUGGGAGAGGAAGAGGCCGGGGACGAGGCAGAGGUGGCGGGAGAGGUCACUAUGACUACCACUAUGGCUACAAGUCGUACGAUAUGAAAGACGGACCCUACGGCCAGAAGUUCAGCAACUCGGUGACCUACUACUACGACAACAUGAGCAGCAACGACCUUUACUCCGUCGACCAGGACCUGCUGAAGGACUACAUCAAGAGGCAGAUUGAGUACUAUUUCAGCCUGGACAACCUGGAGCGGGACUUCUUCCUGCGGCGGAAGAUGGAUCAGGAGGGCUUCCUGCCCAUCGGACUCAUCGCCAGUUUCCACAGAGUGCAGGCCCUCACCACCGACGUCAACAUCAUUCUGGAGGCUUUGAAGGACAGUAAGGAAGUGGAGGUGAUCGACAUGAAAAUCCGUCGGAAGGUGGACCCUGAGAAGUGGCCUCUGCCGGGCCUGAGCAUGCCUAACCAAACCCACACCGACUUCUCCCAGCUCAUCAACUGCCCCGAGUUUGUCCCAAGACAGAUGGUCGAGGAGCCCAGAGGGUCUCCCAGGGCCUCCACACCAGUGAAGCAGCAGACCAAGACUGAAUCAGACAUCUCCAACCUCAAGACGAUGCCCAAGGGCCUCUCUGCCAGCCUCCCUGACCUGGACUCUGAGUCCUGGAUUGAGGUCAAGAAGAGGCCUAGACCCUCCCCGGCCAGACCCAAGGUCAGCGCAGAAAAGGCCCCCUCGUUCCAGCAGCAGCAGCAGCAGCAGAAGGAGAAGGACGACUUGAUUCGCUCCCCGGUGCCGCAGCCUGGCUCCUCGGCCUCCCCUGUUACCCCAGGAAUUAAGGACGGAGCGGAGCAGGACGAACCAGAGGAGCUGGACUUCAUGUUCGACGAGGAGAUGGAGCAGAUGGAUGGGCGGCGCAACACCUUCACCGACUGGUCGGACGAGGAGACGGACGGCGAAAUCGACGACCAUGACGUCAACAAGAUCCUGAUCGUGACACAGACGCCGCCCUACCUGAGGAAGCACCCGGGCGGCGACCGCACGGGACACCACACAUCGCGCGCCAAGCUGUCCAGCGAGUUGGUCAAGGUUAUCAACGACGGGCUCUUCUACUACGAGCAGGACCUGUGGGACGACACGUACGAGCCCGAGUACGCCACCAUCAAGCAAGAGGUGGAGAACUUCAAGAAGGUCCACCUGAUCAGCCGCGAAGAGUUUGACUGCCUGACCCCCGAACCCCCUGUCGACCCCAACCAGGAAGUCCCCCCAGGUCCCCCACGACCUCAGCAGAUUCCCACAGACGCUUUGGCAAACAAACUCUUCGGUGCCCCUGAGCCCUCCUCAACAGCUCGCUCGCUCCCAACUACCGUGCCUGAUUCGCCCAACUACCGCAGUGCCCGGACGCCCCGCACGCCUCGCACCCCUCACAGGAAGGACGCGACCAUGACGCCGCGCUUCUACCCAGUGGUGAAGGAAAGUCGGCCUGUCGAUGCCAAGACGCCCAGAAAGAGGAAGACCCGACACAGCUCCAACCCACCCAUGGAGUGUCACGUCGGCUGGGUGAUGGACUCCAGAGAGCAUCGCUCCCGUACCGCCUCCGUCAGCUCUAACGCCAGCCCGUCAGAGGGCACCCCUGCCCUGGGUAACAUUGGCUGCACGCCUCAGUCCCUCCCCAAGUUCCAGCACCCAUCACACGAGCUGCUCAAGGAGAACGGCUUCACGCAACACGUUUACCACAAGUACCGCCGGCGCUGCCUAAACGAGCGAAAGCGGCUGGGAAUCGGCCAAUCUCAGGAGAUGAAUACACUCUUCCGUUUCUGGUCCUUUUUCCUGCGGGAUCACUUCAACAGGAAGAUGUACGAGGAAUUCAGACAGCUGGUGGUCGAGGACGGGAAAGAAGGAUACAGGUAUGGAUUGGAGUGCCUCUUCAGGUACUACAGCUACGGCCUGGAGAAGAAGUUUAGGCCAGACAUCUUUAAGGAUUUCCAGGAGGAGACCAUGAAAGACUACGAGGCCGGCCAGCUUUAUGGACUGGAGAAGUUCUGGGCCUUCCUUAAAUACUCCAAGGCCAAAACCCUGGAGAUCGAUCCCAAGCUGCAGGAGUAUCUGAGCAAGUUUAAACGCCUGGAAGAUUUCAGGAUUGAUCCGCCUAUGGAGGAAGGACGCCGCAGAAGACACUCUUCCAGCGGGGACGGUCGCCGCAGGCACCCCUCUCUGCCCUCCAGCCGGCCCCACAGCCAGGCCAGCUCAGGCCCCAGCCCCGCCCCCAUCGCCCAGGGGCCCGCAGCCAAGGAUGAUACCAAACCCACCAGCCAGAAAGACCCCCCCGCCCCCUCUGCUGACCCCGCAUCAGAUGCCAAGACACUGAAGUAACCCCACAAACACACCGGCCCGCACGGAUCAACUCAACCACGUCUGCAAGUCGCCGGUUCUCUCUGCGCCACAGGAGGGGGGAGGGGAGGUCCAGCUCUUCAUUCAAGCAUGAGAAUUUUUUUUUUUUUUUUUUUUUUUUCUCACAACAAUUUUUGAUUGAAAAAUAAGGAAGAAAAUAAUUAAAUGGCUCUGUUUAUUCAUUAGUUUAAAGUUUUUGAGGAUAAGUGACCUUUUUGUCUUAAUGAGGCAAAGAAUGGAUGAGGUGUCAAACUAUUUUUUAUUUAUUUUUAUUUUUCUUUUGUAUGCCAUUGCUGGUCCACACGGUGGAGGGUUUAAUGGCGAUUUACUAUCCUGGAAUUUUUUUUUUUUUUUUUUUGUCAAUGUUGACCCCCCUCUCCAUCACUGGGACCCCGCUUUGAUCAUCACUGUCCCGCUGGCUGAAAGAUAUUUGAUUCCCUGCCCAGAUCUCAGAUUAAUGAUUAUUAUUUCUUCGGCGUGUGGUGGGAUUGGAGACUUGGAAAUAGUUUGAACUAGACUGAGCAUCUGUAAAGCCCCACUAGCAGCUGGCUGGAGGCCGUGCUGCUCCUGACAUCCAACCGGACCAAAGUGGUUUGAACCGAGCGACUGACAUUUCCAUCCACGGAGCCCCCAAGUGCUCUCAGCUGAGGGGCUGAAAAUUAGAAAUAUUUGAUUUACUUUAUGGCUGGACAUUGAGGGGAGAAACAUUAAAGAACCAAAUGAUAAAAAGAGAGGAAAAAAAAGACUCGUACCACCCCCUCAGUAUGGACAUGAUCAUUGAAAGUUGCCUUAUUUUAAUGGUUUUACUGCUUCUAACUUGUGCCCGCCACCUUAUUGUCGAUUGUACAGCAUUGAAAUCACCCAUAUAUCUGGUCACCAUUUCCAGCAGAGGCCACAAGGUGGCGCUGUGUCUGCCAAACUGUUCUCCAUCCCCCUCACUCCCCUCCGUCACCCUUUUCUGAGCUGUCUUCCAAGUGUCAUUCGGUCUGUUACAAGUUACAAGUAAUUCUUCCCUGUGUUUGCAAGUCGUGGCUUUUUUGUGCUGAAACACGUCAACCUGGUUGAAGUUUGCCCCCUCCCCCAAAGGAAAAAAAAAGAAAACACUUGAGUGGGGUGGGGAGUUGGGAAGGGACGAUCCCACAAUGGAUCUCCCUGUGGGUGCUUCCUGACUUUCUCUGCCCCCCCCACCCUCCACCUCCCUGUCAGACGAGCUGCAUCCAUCCGUUCAUCCAUCCGCUUGACAUCCAUCCAUCAGUCGACCAUCAGUGACACUACAGGACUGGAAUCAUCAAUCUGGAUUACUUGAAGAAACAAUGGUUGUUAGGAGGGCUGUCGUGCUCUGACGCAGGUGCUCUGGGUGGAGACGCUAAUGAGGCUCAGACGUUUGGCCUUCAACUUCACUGUUCGCUCGGCCGACUCGCUGCUUAAUGAGGCUGACUGGGCCUCAGGCGCUUGCCGCCUCUUCCCUUUUCUCUCUCUCUCUAUCUCACACACACACACACACACACACACACACACACACACAUACACACACACACACAGAUACACAUUUCAGUUACAGGCAUGAACACUGAGAGGUGUAGUCGCACACAGGUACAGAUGUAGCAGCGUGAGCAAGAUGAAUACUAAACACACAGCUCGAUGUCUUGCCUCGUUGUGGACAAAAUGUAAGACUGCGUUGUUCGUUCACACUCCGUUCUGUUCAGCCAUCACUCUUCCUACAGUCAGCUGUGUGGAUAGUUAAAUCUUUAUCCAACUCAAGUUCUGAUGAUAUCAAAUGGUGAUUUUUUUUUUUUUUCCUCCAUUAAUGUAAAUGUGAAUUUGACAGAUGAAGAGAAAUGAUUACAGCUCCCUGCUACUUGUUUUAUUGUUUAUAGAACAGAUUAUAUAUUUGCCUUACGUGUACGUACUCUAACUUUUUUUUAAUGGUCUCAUAAUUAUCUUUUAAUGCUUUUUAAUUUCAAUUUGCAGUGUUUCUCGCGUUGUUAUGAUGGAAGUAGGGUUUGUGUCAGGCUGUUCAAACAUCUGUGGAUUUCAGAGACGGGAACAUAGUUCACAUCACAAAAGGGAAAGUUGACAUCAGGGCGUCAACAGGUAUUCAGCGCAAAAGCAAAAUCUGUUUCUGUAUCUACGUGCUUUUAGUGUUUCAUGUUGAAAUCACAGUUAAUUUGCUCUUUUUUGCCAAGAUGACAGAGCAGCUCUUCCAACAAGCUGUUAACGCGACUCAAAGUAAUUCUUAAAUCUCCAGGUUUUCUACAAUCUGCAAAGUCUAAAAAUGGAUAAAAAUCAUUCGUUUUGGGAGUUUGAAUUGAAGUUCGUGAAGUUCUGGGACAAAAAAAUCUUGAGUCUUAAUACACAUAUGGUUAUCCAGAUGCUUGAUGAAGUGACCUAUUUUCCCUUGACAUACUGCAAAGUUUGUUGCAGUUUUUGCUGUAGAGUACAGUCACAUCAUUUCAAAUGUUCAAAGGACUUAAAUUGGAAAAAGCCUGACAUUUCUAGAUGGAACUGUGUUGGACACAUGUGCCUGCUUUUUUCUUUUUUUUUUUUUUUCUUUUUUUGGUAAGUCUAGGUCCUUUGGUGUAAAAAAUCAUUCAGCCUGUUGGUUGAUGUUCCAGCAGAGUGGAGGUGGAUAUCGCAUUGUUUUGUCAGUGUUUCCGUUCUUCAGUUUCUUCCUCUAAACCCAGAAUUGUUGGAAACAUGAAAAUGCAAAGCAAAGCUGUACUUACUUUUUUUUUUUUUUUUUUUCUUCCUUUUAAUGUCAUGUUGGUUUAACUUCAGGGAGAUUUGGAUCAGUUUCAGAAGCUCACAGUUGAUGCAUCAAGUUGUUUACUGGAGGUUUAAAGUUGGAAAAAAAAAAAAAGAGCUACCACAUAUUCAGAAAAGCAAAACUCCAUGCAUUUCCCAAAAACCAGCGAAAGCCUUUGAAUGGGUGAGCUGGUGUGUGGCUGCAGACGUGACUGGCUGCCACUAGGGGGACUUCUUCCUGGGACAGUCACAUGAUCCCUCCCUCUAAUGUGAUCAUCGCCUGCCAUCACCUGGCACUGGACAUUUGGGGGUUUCAGGUGUUUUGGGAGUUUUCAGCCUUCUAUAUCAGCUUAGAACUGCUGCUAGCUGUCCAAACAAACUGUAGGGGGGCGCUGCACCCUCCGCUCGUCAGUUUUACAUGGACUUGGCCAGAUGGCCGGACACUGGAGAGAUGAAUGAUGGACGUGGGGAAGAGAGGGAAGAGCAGAAUUCAAGAAAAAGAGAAAGUACCCGACUGGGGUUUGUGAUGUUGCUCAGAGGAAUAUGGCUGGUUAUGAUGUCUGGAGACUGAAAAAAAGGACAAAAUUCCAUAAAGCCAUAUGAAUAACAAAUAACUGUAUAUGAACCAUUAAAAUAGUUCAUUACAUUACAAUAUCCUAGGCUUGUCAUGAGGAAAAAAAGAUGAAAAUGAGGAAAAAUGGAACAAAAAAAUAUAUAAAACGGAAAAAUGUAAAAUACUUGAAUGAGAUCUUGUAUAAUAUCAUUUAAUAUUCAUAAUAUCUGCUUUGUAGGCUGAUGUGAUUCGCUAUUAGUGUUAUUUGUAAUUUGUAGUAAUUAUGCUUUCCUUUAAUAAAGAAAAAAAACACAAAACGUACAAAAAAACCUCAAA